AUGCGAUGCUUGCAACCACCAACGACGCAGCACACGCGCGACGCAGUGCAUCACAGACAUGCGGACAACGACAGGUCUGCUACAACCGCUGCUGGUGAGAGUCGGUUCUUUUACCUUCUCAAGAAAGGCUUUCAUCCCACGUUGACUGCUGUUCUUGGGGAGGUGAACCGAAUCUUGCUUUUCUUUAUCAACGUUAUUGACGCUCCCGUUCUCACGACGGACACUCACGGUCACAACUGCCACCAAAAGCUGCUCGCACGCAACAAAGGACCUGACCACACGGUCGUCCUUCGCAUUAAUCUCCCUACCAUCGCUAACUUCCUCAAACGUUUUGACGCAAGCACUUUGCAAGUGCAAUCUCUUUUGUUCAUCAACGUUGCGUAUGCCUUUUCUCACUCACAGGUUCUUCGAUGCACAACUGGUGCGUUGGAGAUUGCUACUAACCUUCCGAACGCUCCUCCGCCACAUCCAGCGCCAGAACCAUAUCCAACUGGACCCCAUCAAAGUGGUAUCUCGAAGCCCAAAUCCGUGCUCACCAGUCUCGAGAGUGCUCGGAUCUUCGAGGCUGGCGGAUUGUGCCACCAGAGACGAGAUAACAAGCCGCCACCACGUCCUGCACCUAAUCCGUACCCAACAGGGCCGCACCAAAGCAGUAUCAAGAGACCCAACAAACCACCUCCACGUCCUGCGCCUAACCCAUAUCCGACCGGACCACAUCAGAGCUAG